AUGAAGGCAGGCGGAUCGUUCGUUCUGCUGGAUGUGUCUGAGCCGCAAGACAGAUUGAAGAACGUCGUUUUGCACGUUAAAGCUGAAUACAUUCUGGCGUCAGCCCGCCAUGCAGAGCUGGCUGCUAACUUUGGCUUUAAAGCUGUACUAGCGUCACCUGAUGCCAUUUGGCCUCUAAAGCAGCUAGCUGCUCCUGUUCCACUCCAAACGGACCCUCCGUUUUAUGUGGUAUUCACUUCUGGUAGCGCCGGCAAGCCCAGUGUUGUUGUGACCCAUCGCAACUUCGCUUCCGGCAUGCACUAUCGAUGGAAUACCAUGUACAUACCGUCUAUGCAGGUGCUAGGCUUUUCUUCAUAUAGCUUCGACACCAGCAUGGAAUCGAAUCUGGGCCCUCUCAUGCUCGGUGGUUUUGACUGGAUUGCCUCCGAUGAGCUAUGCAUGAAUAAUCUAGUUGGGGCUAUUAGUACUACCAGGUCUAAUGCUAUCAUAAUAGCACCUUCGUCAGCAGCGCUAAUUUCUCCAGAGACUAAACUUGGGCUGAGCGGCUCAGGCGUGUCGUUGGGUACCGGCCGAAUGUGCGGUUACCGCUACGGGCAGAUUGUUAUUGGAAUGACGCUGCAGGAGAACAUUGGAUCUGCUUUUGGAGUUGAGACUGUUGCAGAGCUUUUGCUUGAGGGUCACAUGGUGGGUCGGGGGUAUGUCAACGAUCCGGAAAAGAAGGCCGCUGCAUUUAUUGAAAACCCACCUUGGCUCCUAGCAGGUGGGGGUAGAUAUCCGGGUCGGCGGGGGCGACUUUACAAAACGGGAGACCUGGCUUGUUGUGGUACUGAUGGUACACCCAUAAUGAUUGGGCAGAAAGACACACAGGUCAAAAUACACAGACAACGAGUUGAACUGGAAGAGAUGAAUAUUAUGUACACCGAGCUAUUCGUGACCUCACCGGUGCCGGAACCAGCGCUGUAG